CGCAGCAAACCACAGAUGAAGUCUCGUCGCUAGGAUACACAGAGAAAGCAUUCCUGCCGGACUGAUGGGUGUGGGGAUGCUGCCGGUGGAGCGACUUCACCUGGACCAUGUUCUGCAGACUGUGUCUGUGUUGGAGUCUGUCGUUCUCCGCAGUUUUGGCCCUGACGGAGGACAGGUGCUGUUCACCCGAGACACAGGACAGGCGAUGUUGAGCCGCAGUGGGACACGUAUUCUCACAGCACUACGACUGGAGCAUCCAGUAGCCAGGAUGGUGGUGGAAUGUGUCUUGAAACACAGCACUGUAACAGGCGAUGGAUCCAAGACCUUCAUUGUACUGCUGGCAGCAUUACUACGGAUGAUUCACACAACCGCCUGCAAGGAGCCUAAUGUGUCUGACACCUAUAACACCAGGGAAGCAGCAGAGGCUGCCACUGCCAGGCACUUGGCUGAUGAACUGCUGGCAUUUGCGUUGGAGGAUCUAGAUGAUCUGAUUGCUAUGGGAGUGGUCCCGUAUGGAUGCUGUCUUUCAUGGGAGGAUCUCACAGCAAAAACACAAUCACCAGCUCACACAAACAGUUACUGUUCAAAGCUGCUGGCAUCAUUCUUUCAUUCACGUCUUGGUCUCAUCCACUGUGAAUUUAUUAGUGACCUCACCUGUGAACUGUUCACUCACUGGAAGUUUAAAAAUGACCUACCUUCCGUAUCACUUCAGUUUGUAAAUGACAACUUGCCUGCAUUGCAUACACCUGUAUCAGGCUUCCCUAUCAGUUAUUCACAUUUGAUUGAGGGGCAGGUCAUUCACAGGGACUUUGCUACGCUCUGCCCUCAGACCGACCACCAGCCAGUUAAAGCUGUGGUUUUCACUGGGUACUUGCAGCCAGAAUUUCUCCGUGCAGGAGAAGUGCUGGAGCUGGGAUGUGGAGAGCAAGGGAAGGAGGAGAAUUCAAGGAGGGAGAGAAGUAUUGUGCAGUUUAGCGCCUGGUCAGAAAGGUCUCUAGAGCAUGUCAUUGCAAACCUACAGCGUUUGGGCGUCUCUGUGCUCCUGUCUGCAGUCAAACAGUCCGCUGCUGUGCUGGCUUUAGCUGCACAGGCAGACAUGUGCGUUGUGGAGUGUGUCAGUGAGAAUGAGCUGUCUCUGUUUGCCCAACUAAGUGGGGCCACACCUGCCUCAGACUGCUGGACGAUUGAACCAGAGCACGUUGCUACACUGACCUUUUGUCGACCAAUACUGCUGGGAGCCCAUAGGUAUGUCCAUGUUGCUUUUCAUGAUUCAGAGGAAAGGAUCAUGAUCAAACCCUGCAGUCUGGUCAUUUGUGGUCCAGGGGAAGGGCAAACUGACCAGUAUGUAUGUGCGUUUCAAGAUGCCAUCCGCAUGCUACUUUCAACAUGGGAGCCCAUAGGAAUGACUGCAACUACAGCGUCAAAGAGGACCUCGCAGUCACACAAAAGGACAUCUAUACAUACGGACAGUCAGAUCCCCAAUGCACCUCUCUUCCCGCAGUGUGUGUUGGAGCCAGGCUGUGUUGUACCUGCUGGUGGGACAUUUGAGUUUCUCUUAAACCAUGCCCUUCUACAACAUGUCCGCAGUCGCUCACUUCCUAAUGACACAAAUAUGGGUGUCUGUGCUGUGUCUCAGCUGUUAGCAAACGCUCUACUGAGUGUGCCCCGCCAGAUUUACUCCCACAGUCUGCGACAUUACCUGCAGACUCAAACCAGGCUCCUGAGUUUUAUUCAAAAUCAUUCACAACACAACACAGUCCUCAUACAGGGUCGGGGUAAACGUGAAUUUCUUCUAGAGGAGGGUAAACCGAGCAUGCAUUGUUAUAGAGAGGCUGAUGUGUCAUCAAAUGUUUUUAUGUUGGACUUGGGCCUUGAAUCUGUUUCCUGUAAAUACCAGCUGCUUCUAGCUGUGCUGCAGUGUGUCUCAAGUCUUCUCCGGGUGGACACUGUGCUGCGCUUGCACACUACUUUACACGCACAGUCACGCAGACUUGCAAACAUUUCCUGGGAAGGCACAGAGGAUGAGGACUGAGAUUGUAUUGUAAUGUAAUUUUUGUAUGGCCACAGUAUUUAAUUAUUUUUCUUUAAGUUUAUACUUAAAGGCACUACGGUUGUGUAGUGCAAUUUAUAGGCCAAUAAAAUGUUAUGGUGGUUCUGUACCAUGCUGUCCUGGAUCAAGGCUAGGUUUGGUAAGAACCUUAAAAAUAAAACAUCAAACUUCUUAGUGUUAA